UCUAAAUGGCAUAAUCUUUUGAAUAAAAAUACAUAGCAGGUCAGCUAAUAUAAGAUUAAAAUACUAAAAAAAUAUAAAGAGUCAAAUAGAAGGGUAAUUAAAAGUAAAAUGAAUACAUAUCACUACAUAUUAAAAAGGGAAUAAAUUUAAGUGAAGAGGAAUUAAAUAAUCUUAUAUCCUGUAGGUUUUUGAAUCUUUUGCCAAUUUUUGAUAAGUUUGAACAUAAUGGGGAAAGAAUUAUUGUAUAUAAAGACUAUCUCAACUUCAUAUUAGAAGAAAAUUCAUUAUAGGAUUAGAUAACUGCUAAAAGGAUACUAUUGUAGUUAUUUUUAAGUAAAAUUAUAAAUAUUCUAAGCUUUUGCUGAAUUAGAGGAAAGAAAAUAUUAUUGGCCUUUAAAUUCAAUUUAAUAAUUAUAUUACUAUAAAGAAAUGAUGUUUCUUUCUUUAAUAGAGUAUGACUUUUCCAAAUAAAAUUAAAGAGAAACUAAUUUAGAAAUUCUCAAAAGGUUUUAUACAAAAUAUUUUUCUUAAAUUAUAAAAAUACCAGAUGAUCUACUCUAAGAAAAUUCUUUUGAGCAAAUUAUUAAUUUUCUAUUAAAAAUUAAUGGAGAUCUUGGGAAAUAAGAUUAUUUGAGAGGUCCUUAUGAGAAUUUAUUGUAAAAUCUAUUCAAAGUUAAAAUUUUUAACAAGAUUUACGAUACUAAUCAAUCUAUUGUUAAAUAUUUUCAAAGGCCUGAAAAUUUUAUAUGUGCAGAUGAAUAAUAGGAUUAAUAAAUAGUUUACAAAACUUUAAGAAAAUAAAAUUAUGAAGGCAUAGUUGAAUUAUAAACAAAUAGGCAAAUUGAAUUUUUAGAAUUGUUUUAUAAUUGCUCUCAUAUGGCUGUAGGAUAUGCUUAUUUUAGAGUACUAAAAUAACCAUUUUUUUUCAUGAGAAAAUAUUAUGGAACUCUAUAAGAUAAAUUUUCUUAAUAAGAAAUUUAAUAAAUAAACCAAAAGACUGCCCUUUAGAUAAGUUCAAGAAUUGCAUAUGGUAUUAAUGAAUAUAAAAUUAGCUUUAAUGGAACUUUAGAAAAAUAUUAUUAUACAUAGAGAUUUAAAACCAGACAAUUUAUACCUAGAUAAAGAAGAAUUAAUUUAUUCAGCAAUUUAUGUAGCUGAUUUUGAUCGAUCUAAAGUUCUUAUGAAUCAAAAUGAUGAUUAAAUGACAAUAGAACAUUAAAGUAAUACUUGUAGGUAUGAUCCUCCUGAAACUGAUGGAUCUUUAAAAUACGAUAUUUUUUAAUAUGGAUUGAUUAUUUUGUAACUAGCAAAUAAAGGUUAGUAUGUUGGGAAUGAAAAUGCUGGUUGUAGAUAUCUUAAUGAAGAAGAGUUACAUAAAUAUUAUAGUGAAUAAUCAAUAGCAAAUUAGCUAAAUCAUACAUAAUAUCCUUAAAAAUUUAUUGAACUUAUUGCUAGAUGUUUAAAAAUGAAACCAAAAGAUAGACCAUCAAUUUAAGAAGUGUAUGAAAUACUAAAAGAUUUAUGUCAAAGACUUACAAUAAAAAAAAAAAAUUGA